GCCCCUCUCUCUCACUCACUUGGUUUUUGAGGCGACGGUGAAGAAUGGUGGUGCUCAACGACGGACUUGAACGAUCAUCGACGAUCUCCUCCCUUGGAAGCACUAGCUUCCGAUCGGGAAUGACAGGAUUUCGGCGGAUCUGUUCGGCGUGGCAACCGCUGCUGCUGUGCCUAACUCUUCUGAUCGGUUCGGGGUGGGAAAAACGAGGGAAGUUCUCCGGAAGCUUCGUUUUCGUGUUCUUGUUCGUGAUCAUAGAUCUGGUGUUUACUAACUUUUUCUUGCGUGGAUCGUACUUUAACUUCUCCAGGUUGUGUUUUUGUGAGUUCUUUUCACGAUUUUCGCUGGUUUUAGGGUUUACUGUCUUGCUGUUCUUUCGAUCCUGUAUCUUCUGAUUCUCUCUCCUUCUUGUCGAUUAAGGCGAUGAUGAGCUUGCCCAUUGUAUUUUCCCUGAACCGAUGCUGCCUCUCCCUCUGCUCUGCUCUCUCUUCUCUCUCUUUCUCUCUCUCUCUCUCUCUCUCUCUCUCGCUGUGUGCAUAUGUAUAUAUAUCUGGAAUAGGACGCGACAUGGAUGGCCAACGUUUUUGGUAGGCAACCGUCACUUUGAUCGGAAAGUAGACAGUAUCAUGGGCGUGCCUGAGCCUCUUCUUUGCUGGAGAAUCUCUUUUUAAACACGUUCGUUUCCUUUUGGUUUUCUUCAAUUUAGCCUUCUUUUUUUUAACCUUUCAUCUUCUCAACAAUCUUUUUCUGCCUGCGAAUGAUUCUCUAAUGUUUUCAUUGCUGAUGAUUCUUAUGUUUUUUUCCCUUUGGUGGAGAAAAGCACAGUUUGAAAGAUCCGACAAAAUACAUAACUCUCUUGUCAGGUGAGAUGCUCGUCGAUAUUACUUCUUUUGAAACCCCAAAUGAGCAAAAGCAAACUUGCGCCAAGUGAAAGAAAAAUUAGGUCUGAAAAAAAAGAAGGAAAAAGUGGGAGGCUCAGAUUUCGCCCAUGGUUGCAGCGGCUGCCUCUCCGAGCUGAUCCACCACGGCCUCCUCUUCCAGUCGGACAAUUCGAAUCGGCAGGGGUCUCAGUUCAUCUCAGAGAUAAGGACGAAGCGGCAACACGCCUCUCCGCCUCAAAAUGCUCAAUUCCCUCUUCUCUAUUUUUUUUCCCUGCGAUGUAUUUGGCUUCAGUGGUAUUCAUGCCAAAAUAAUUUCCUCUGCAUUGAAUUAAAAUUCGUUCAUGAUUCUUGAUUUUACUUAUAGAAAAAAAAAGAGAUCCGAAGCAACAAUGGAGAACUGACUAACUAUGAUAACACAAGCAAGUUCAAUAAUCUUAACACUGAUCACUUCAUUUGGUGAGAAGAGAAGGCUUCUAUUCAUGGCUUUACCAUGCCCCUUCGAUGUUUGCUAAAACCCUAGAUUGAAGCUAGUGCUUAUUAAGGCUUGGGCCUUCGAUGGGUGUAAUUUGAUUGGGCUCCUUUGGGCUCUCUCUCUCUCUCAGGCAUUAAUUUAGCAGCAACGUAUGCGUUUCUGUCUUAAUGACAAAUGAUGGCAUGGAUUUACUUACCAUGCAGAGGGCAUGUGACAGCCCCACGGCAAUGCUUUCUUAGCAUGAUUCAGAUAUUUCUAAUCAUCAUUCCCUAAGCAUUCUUCACCUUCUCCUCUAACUUGCUUUUCAUCGCAGAUUAUUUUCUUCUAAAGAGAAUGAUUUUCAACCAGGAGAGCUUUUUGAGACAUUCCACCAAUUUUGUAUUUGUAUUCCCAGUUGCAGGUAAGAUAAGAGGAAGAAGCCUUAAAUCUGCCAAAUUUAUCAAGAUUACUACCUCUUGUUGCUAUCGUGAACUAAAUAGUAGAUCAGAAGGGCAACUACAUACUCCCAAUAAGCCUGAUUGCAAACCAUAUGUCCACAUUGGCAAGCUCAAGAACAGCAUCACUUCACCAGCUUUUGGCAAUGCAUUUGUACCUGACAAUGAGGCUCAUCAGUGUGGAUGCUUAUGGAUUAUUCUGUUGAACAAUUUUGACGCCUUUUGUCGGUUUUGCCGACCACAUACAGUAAUCGGCACAGUGAUAAGUAUAAUAUCAAUCUCUCUUCUUCCACUUGAAAGUAUUGCUGACAUAUCUCCAAUGUUUUUCAUUGGAAUGAUUAAGGCAUUGCUUUCAGCUGUCUUCAUGAAUAUCUAUGUCGUGGGACUCAAUCAAUUGUUUGAUGUGGAAAUUGAUAAGGUCAAUAAACCAAUGCUUCCACUAGCUUCAGGGGAAUUCUCUUUAAAAACUGGAGCAUUAAUAGUAGUUCUUUUCUGCAUUAUGAGCUUUACUUUAGGAGUGAAAUCUGGGUCCCGCCCCCUGCUUAGUGCUUUGCUUGUUAGCUUUUUCCUGGGAAGUGCAUAUUCCAUCAAUCAUCCUUUACUAAGAUGGAAACGACAUGCAUUUCUUGCUGCCUCUUGCAUUAUGUCUGUUAGGGCUAUUGUGGUUCAGUUAGCCUUCUUCAUACACAUGCAGAAAUAUGUACUAAGAAGGCCAGUGGCUUUAACAAAGCCAGUGCUCUUUGCCACAUCUUUCAUGUGUCUCUUCUCAGCUGUAAUAGCUUUGUUUAAGGAUAUCCCUGAUGUUGAAGGGGAUAGAGAUUUCGGUAUCCAGUCAUUCAGCAUACACUUGGGUCAAGAAAAAGUAUUUUGGCUUUGCAUCAAGCUACUAUUUGCAGCAUAUUCUACAGCUAUUUUGAUUGGACUUUCAUCAUCGAACAAAUACCAAGGCACAGUUACUGUGUUUGGACAUGGUUUCCUUGCUUCUGUACUUUGGUUCCGUGCCCAAUCCACUGAUAGCAAGAAUAAGGAAUCAAUCACAACAUUCUAUAUGUUCAUUUGGAAGCUUUUCUAUGCGGAGUACUUCCUAAUUCCCUUCGUACGAUAAACCAUGGAGAGCGAAGGUUUCAAGAUGCCUACCAGAAAUACAGGCAGGAAGAUGAGCGUUCUCAAAGCUAACAAUAAUUAGGUCGAAAUCCAUCUUUCAAGAUUAGCAAAAUUAAGAAAAAGAGAUGCUCUAAGAAUAAAGGUUGCAUGAAAUACUAUUAGUAUAGAACCUUCAAUGUUCAUCCAAAAUGGAAGAUGUCUAGAGUUUAAUUCUGUGAUUUAGUCAAUUGAUAGCUUGGUGUUCUAUA